UUCAAAGUAAUUGUUUAUUAUGUAACCGUGAUCAGUCACAACAAUAUACUCUACUUAAGUCAGAUAUGGUAAAACAGAAUAGAAAUCUACUUAAAACAACUUAAACAAAAUGAAUGAAAUUAAGGAAACGACAUCGACAUCAUCUGAACCAUUAACAAAGAAUGAAAAAAAGAAACGACCUCGACCAUAUAAUUCAUUUUACAGAAGUAAACGAAUUCGAUGUGAGAUAUGUUGUUUUAAUACUUAUAAUUAUGAAAAACAUGUUACAAGUUUGCGGCAUCGAGAAAGAGUGUUAAAGUUUUUUGGCGAGAAGAAAAUUGAUCGUAAAAUUAUUUGUGAAGAUUCAUUGGCGAAUUUAAGUAAUAUUCAAAUUUCUAUGAUUAUUCUAAUAUUGUAUUUAUGUAUAUGUUAUAUGUUGUAUGUAUUUUUUUCAAAAUUUAUUAUAUAAACUUAUUUUUUCAUCAA